AUGGAUAACCGCGGCUCCUUCUUCUUCUUCCUGCUGGUCUUCUAUCUCCUCCUCAGCUCUCAGUCGCGUCCGCCUGUGAUUGAUGAGGACCGCCAGCAUCAGCGCCAGCUCGAUCGAGAGCGACAUGCGCUUCAGCUGCUGAACGAGUCAAGAUAUGGCGACUUCGAUCCGCCGGUCGAUCACUGGCUUCCCUUUGCAGGACUCAGGAGCAACGAUAGCUAUGCAUGGGAUCUCUUCCCAAACGUCCGAAGUCGCGCCCAUCACCAGCUGCAAUCCGCUCUUUCAAGUGCUGGCUUAGAGCCUCCGAUAGGCCUGGAAGACCCCGACCGAUCGGCCCCGUUGAACCUUACUAGACUCUUUCUUCCGGUGUAUCGCAAUGCAACGGGAAAAGUGCGAGGGGACUGGGUGCGACGGGAUGAACAUCGCAGUUCGCCGCUCAAUACGUCGGCAAUCGCCCACGAGCAUGAAUAUUUUACGCAUGAUUUCAGCACCAAUAUCACCGGCAGCGAAGGCACGUUCUAUUUCGAUCUGGAAGAGGCAGGCGAAGAAGAGCUUCGGAUAGGCGAUGGUCUGGCUCGCGAGGUUAAGGCAAACCUGGCGGUUGAGAGCCGGGACGACUGGGGCAGUACAUGGUACCUCUCGCUAUUUGGUGUGCACUUCCCAGAGACCGGGGGGAUCAUCUUAAGUACCUCGAGCGAGAAGUUUGGCGGAAUAUUCUCGCUACCGCAUUUUGCACUCUCUCCUGACACCUACGAAUUGUCUCACCGGCUUCUGUUGAAGUCGCUGUCAGACACCAUAUCGGAGAAGCAGAAUCGACCGGCAACCAUGUUCCCCUGGGCUUCUCUGGCGGGUACGGGGCAAGUCGAGUUCCCGGCACCCAAAUGCGAGCAUAUCGUCUACCUGCAGCAACAUCCUGUCAUGGUUAGUGAUACCGUCGCCGACCGACUGUUACUGGAACGAAUGGAAAACGAGCUCCGGUAUCCCAUGGGAGCGCCAAUUCCAGAUCCUCCUCUUAUGGUCAUGUCAGCCGUCGUCUUCUCUCCGGACUGCGGGUAUAUACUGGAAACCAAGGGCGCGCCUGAAUUUCCACCUUCAGACUCGCUAUAUCUGUCGGGGCCAAAACAUGAAGAGUAUAGUAAAUAUGCGGCCCGUCUGAUUUUUGUGGUUUCUGCUGUGUUUGUUGGGCAGAUUACCCUGCUUCUACGCCAGAUCAAAGAGGCUUCGACUCCGUCUACGCGGAGCCGGGUGAGCUUCUACACCAUUGCAUUCAUGGCGCUCGGCGAUGCUUUUGUCUCGACGUUUAUUGUUUUGGAGCUCUAUGCAGCUGUAUCUUUUUUGGUUCUGACGAUGGCAUCAUUUUUGGCCUUCCUUUCCGUCAGUUACAUCGGAAUGAAAUUCAUGAUGGAGAUAUGGGCGGUCCAGGAACCCGAACGGCGCGAACAAGAGCGUGCCGUCAAUCCUCCGACUCCCGCUGUUCGUCCUGGGACUCUGCCCCUGCCUGCAACGGCAAUGCGAGACACGGCGGUCAUUUUACCGCCCGAUCAAGAUGCUCCUGACGAUGAUCUCGAGCCGCCGCCCGCCACUCGUGCCACGCCACCGACCCCGAGGCAAAUACGGAGCGAUGUCGGCGCGAUGUAUGCACGCUUUUACCUUACGCUAUUCGGGAUGAUUAUUAUCUCGAUCUGGGCAUUUCUUCUGCCGCGGCGUCUGGGAUCGAUCUACUCCCGCUUGCUGGCCUCGAUCUAUCUUUCGUUCUGGGUUCCUCAAAUCUACCGCAAUGUCAUGCGGAACUGCCGCAAAGCGUUACGGUGGGAUUUUGUUGUUGGCCAAAGUAUCCUGCGGCUGUUUCCUUUCUUGUACUUCCUUACAGCCCGUGGCAAUGUGCUGUUCAUUCGACCCGACUGGACAACCGCGCUUGUCAUGGCCGGCUGGAUGUGGAUUCAGGCUUGGGCCCUGGCCAGCCAGGAUAUCUUGGGCCCGCGUUUCUUUGUACCUCGAGGCUGGGCGCCUCCGGCGUACGAUUACCACCCCAUUCUCCGUGAUACCAGCGGAUCCGACGAGGACCUUGAAGCCGGAGGUGGUGAUCUGUCGAUUGCUUCCCUGCGGGCUGGUGAGCGGGAUCUGGUGAGCGAAACCAAAGACGACGACAAGGUGCGGUCUCGAGACCGCAAGAAGGCCAUGUUCGACUGUGCCAUCUGCAUGCAGGAUAUUGAGGUGCCGGUUCUGCCGGCGCUUUCUGCUCCUGGUGCCAGUAGCGUCACCGACGGGGCCUCGAGUCUCCUGAGUCGUCGCGCCUACAUGGUCACUCCUUGCCGGCACAUCUUCCAUACGGCGUGUCUGGAGAGCUGGAUGCGGCUUCGUCUACAGUGCCCGAUUUGUCGUGAAUCUGUCCCUCCUGUUUAA